AGCAGCAGUCGGCCGCCACAAUGAGCAUGAUGAACCAGCAGCAGAUGAUGGACCAGAGGGGCAAGUGGAGGAUCACCAUCUUCGAGGAGGAGAACUACCGCGGACGCCGCUGCGAGUUCACCCUCGAGUGCCCCAACAUCAUGGACCGCCAGUUCCAGAAGAUCCGCUCCAUCAAGGUCGACAACGGACCCUGGGUGGGUUAUGAGUACCCCGAGUACCAGGGGCAGCAGUACGUGCUGGAGAAGGGAGAGUACCCCUGCUGGGAGAGCUGGAGCGGAAACAGCGGCUACCGUACCGAGCACAUGCUGUCCUUCAGACCCAUCAAGUGCGCCAACCACAGCGACAGCAAGAUCACCCUGUACGAGUGCAACAACUUCAUGGGCGGCAAGUUCGAGCUGUGUGACGACUACCCCUCUCUGCAGUCCAUGGGCUGGUGCAGCAAGGAGGUGCCCUCCAUGAAGGUCAACUCCGGAGCCUGGGUGGCCUACCAGUUCCCCGGUUACCGCGGCUACCAGUACAUCCUGGAGAGAGACAGACGCCAGGGCGAGUUCAGGAACUACAACGAGUACGGAACCCAGGCUCACACCAAUCAGGUGCAGUCCAUCCGCAGGAUCCAGCACUAAGGCCCGCCCCUCCGGCCUUUUACUCGAUCCUCAUUGGCUACUGUGUACCCACUGUUAGCAUGGUAUGACAUGUGAUGAUGAUAAUAAUGAUG